CACAGAGGCUUAUCGCUGUCGAUGUGCGGUGAUCCGGACCAGACCGAGUCCAUGUAUGUAAGCUAGCCUAGCGUCACCAACAACACACACCCGCGAAACACGCUCAUUUUCACCCGGGUCUAUCCACAGUAAACUCUCGCAGAGGCGUCUUCCUCAUCUUCCUCUCGAUAACAACCUGUCUUGAAACUGAAGGUCAAGGUGGAGGCCGUUAUUUGAUGUGAAAGGGUGUAGAUCUGUGCGCCUACAGAGAGAGAGAGAGGCUCCAGCCAUACAAGAUGGAGUGCCAGUGGAAACCCGACGAGCAGGGACUUCAGCAGAUCUUACAGCUGCUCAAGGAAUCACAGUCCCCCGACACAUCCACGCAACGAUCCGUCCAACAAAAACUUGAGCAGCUCAAUCAAUACCCGGACUUCAACAACUACCUGAUAUUUGUGCUCACAAAGCUAAAGACAGAAGACGAGCCCACUCGAUCUCUCAGUGGUCUCAUUUUGAAGAACAACGUUAAAGCCCAUUACCAGAACUUCCCGAACGGCGUGUCUGACUUCAUCAAAAACGAGUGUCUGCAGAACAUUGGAGACUCCUCACCGCUCAUUAGAGCCACAGUGGGUAUUCUGAUCACAACUAUAGCGUCUAAAGGGGAGUUACAGAACUGGCCAGAGCUUCUGCCUAAACUCUGUUUACUACUGGACUCAGAGGACUAUAACACUUGUGAAGGGGCCUUUGGAGCUCUGCAAAAGAUCUGUGAGGACUCUGCUGAGAUCCUGGACAGUGACAUGCUGGACCGCCCCCUCAACGUGAUGAUCCCCAAGUUCCUGCAGUUCUUCAAGCACAGUAGCCCCAAGAUAAGGUCUCAUGCCAUUGCCUGUGUGAACCAGUUCAUCAUCAGCAGAACACAGGCCCUGAUGCUGCACAUAGAUCCUUUCAUUGAGAACCUGUUUGCACUGGCAGGUGAUGAGGAGCCCGAAGUGAGGAAGAAUGUGUGCAGAGCUUUAGUCAUGCUUUUGGAAGUCAGAUUAGACCGUCUCCUUCCUCACAUGCACAACAUCAUCGAGUACAUGUUGCAGAGGACACAAGAUCAGGAUGAAAAUGUUGCUCUGGAGGCCUGUGAAUUUUGGCUCACACUCGCCGAGCAGCCUGUGUGUAAGGAGGUUCUGUGUGGACACCUGCCCAAAUUGACACCAGUUCUUGUGAAUGGAAUGAAAUACUCUGAGAUUGACAUAAUCCUGUUGAAGGGUGAUGUUGAGGAGGAUGAAGCAAUCCCAGACAACGAGCAGGACAUUCGCCCAAGGUUCCAUCGCUCACGCACUGUGGCCCAACAGCACGAGGGGGGAGACUCCAUUGAGGAAGAGGAGGAUGAUGAAGAUGAUUUGGAUGACGAUGAAACUAUCUCAGAUUGGAACCUGAGAAAAUGUUCUGCAGCUGCACUAGAUGUCCUGGCGAAUGUUUUCAGAGAUGAUUUGCUGUUGCAUAUUCUUCCUUUAUUGAAAGAACUACUGUUCCAUCCAGAGUGGCUCAUUAAAGAGUCUGGCAUACUUGUACUGGGAGCCAUUGCUGAAGGCUGCAUGCAGGGGAUGAUCCCCUACUUGCCAGAGUUGAUUCCUCAUCUGGUACAGUGUUUGUCUGAUAAGAAGGCACUAGUUCGAUCCAUCACUUGCUGGACUCUCAGCCGCUAUGCACACUGGGUUGUUAGCCAGCCACCCGACACCUACCUCAAACCACUCAUGACUGAACUGCUAAAACGGAUACUUGACAGCAACAAACGUGUCCAAGAGGCCGCCUGCAGUGCCUUUGCUACCCUAGAAGAGGAGGCUUGCACUGAGCUGGUGCCGUACCUUGCUUAUAUUCUGGACACGUUGGUCUUUGCUUUCAGUAAAUACCAGCACAAAAACCUUCUCAUCCUUUAUGACGCCAUUGGGACUCUGGCUGACUCUGUGGGCCACCAUCUAAACAAACCAGAAUAUAUUCAGAUGCUGAUGCCUCCAUUAAUUCAAAAAUGGAACCAGCUAAAAGAUGAAGAUAAAGAUCUCUUUCCCUUACUGGAGUGUCUCUCGUCUGUGGCCACCGCCCUGCAGAGCGGCUUCCUCCCAUACUGUGAACCUGUCUACCAGCGCUGUGUCAACCUGGUCCAGAAAACUCUUGCCCAGGCUGUGCUCCACCAGACUCAGCCUGAGUUUUAUGAAGCUCCUGAUAAAGACUUCAUGAUUGUGGCUCUGGAUCUGCUCAGUGGAUUAGCAGAGGGUCUUGGAGGGAACAUUGAACAGCUGGUUGCCCGUAGCAACAUUCUCACUCUCAUGUACCAGUGCAUGCAGGAUAAAAUGCCAGAGGUCCGGCAGAGUUCUUUUGCUCUGUUGGGAGAUCUGACCAAAGCCUGCUUCCAGCAUGUCAAACCUUGCAUUGCUAACUUCAUGCCUAUCUUGGGCACAAACCUGAACCCAGAAUUGAUAUCAGUCUGCAACAAUGCAACAUGGGCCAUUGGAGAAAUAUCCAUUCAAAUGGGUUCUGAGAUGCAGCCGUAUGUUCAGAUGGUUUUACAGCAGCUUGUGGAGAUCAUAAACAGACCCAACACACCCAAGACACUUCUGGAGAAUACAGCAAUAACAAUUGGUCGUCUUGGUUACGUUUGUCCUCAAGAGGUGGCACCCAUGCUACAGCAGUUUAUAAGACCCUGGUGCACCUCUCUUCGCAAUAUAAGAGACAAUGAAGAAAAAGACUCUGCGUUCAGAGGAAUCUGCACCAUGAUCACGGUCAACCCUGGUGGUGUGGUGCAGGACUUUAUAUUUUUCUGUGAUGCUGUAGCAUCCUGGAUGAACCCAAAAGAUGAUCUUCGAGAAAUGUUCUAUAAGAUCUUGCAUGGGUUUAAGAACCAGGUUGGAGACGAGAAUUGGAGACGCUUCUCUGACCAGUUUCCCCUUCCACUCAAAGAGAGACUCGCAGCCUUCUAUGGGGUGUAGAUGUUACCUGAUUGAAGAGCUUAUUCACUACGGGAGAGGAUGGGAACCUCUGAUACCCAGGGCAUGUUGCCCUUUACCUGGGGGGAAGGGUGGUCUAACAGGGGUGGGAGGCACACGGCCCACUGGCCCCCUGUAGACGGGGUGGGAGGGAAGUGUUAGCUGAGGCGCUAGUCGACAACACCUCGCCAAGCCAAACCAAAAUAGGGAGGAAAGCUUUUUCAUCAUGUCAUAACAAUCAGCCACAAGGGCAAAAAAGUAAAUACAUUGUUAGCAUUCAUUCACCAGGACACUUAAAGUAACGGGACAUCCAGGGGUUAAAAGAAACUAAACAAAAAAACAACACGAAGAUAUGUGUAAACUCUGUAGUGUUGCACUCCUGACAUAGGAAAGUGCCUGGAGACAAGUUCUGAAAAACAGGUUUCGUUUAUUUUCUGGACUGUAUCAUGUAGAGGGGUGGGUGUGACGUAAAUCUCAUCUGGACGCAAAGCAGAAGUCCUAUGCAUGGGGUGAUGUAGGGUAUAGCUCGACUGCAUGAAAGUGUGCAGACCGUGUUUUGUGUGCCAGCUAUGCACAGCAGUAGACGGUAAACACUUAAAGACAGUAAACGUUAAAAACGUACCAUAUUUUGGGGGCUGCGUCUAAAAGGUAACACAGUGUAACUAGAAAUGCAAGUCCUCUCAUAUCAUCGAUUACGAAGGGUUUGCAUCUUUGCAAAUGUUUUGCAAAGAUAAAGGAAUACAAGUCUGAAUGACUGCGUAACUUUAUUUUUACUUUUUUUCUAAAUUCGUCUUGGUAAAUUAAGUUAGCAUGCGCAAAGCGAGAGGGAAGACUCCAUAUUAUCACAGUGAAGAUGUUCGAACAGUAUCGCUCUGUACGAGGCUUUAAUGUUCCUGAGUCUCACUUUCUGAUAUCCAGCGUGGCUUGACAUGGAUCCAAACUAGUGAACCCUAAACACACAUUUUGUUCGUUUUUGAGACAUCAGCGAUUUCUUUUUUGCUUAGUUUGCUCAGAGCAUGAUUUUGAAGAUGCUUGUGAUAUCUUUUUUUUUGACUGAUCGGGUUAAUCUGGAUGUUUAGUUGUUUGAUUUGUGCAUGUUGGUGGCCCAAUGAGCAAUCUGUUUUUUUAGCACCCCCAUACAGACUAGUUUUAAUAAUGUGUUUUUUUCCACACAUACACAAUAGGUGACGUGUUUUCCAUCCGCAUAUUGCUUUCGUGACUCUAAUUUAGUUCCGUUACCUUCUGCAUGAAGUUUAAAAACGUCCCAUGCUGUGUUGUGUAUAAUCCUGGACAGUUCAGUGCUUGUGGAGGCAGUAUUUGUGUCCCUCGUGUGAAUAGUAGCAAGCCUUAAAAUGCCCGAAUGUAUCCCAGAGUGUGAGGAUUUAGGUAUUACAAACUUUUUGUUCAUGCUCAUCUGGAAGCAUGUGAAAUGGUUCUUUGAAGUAUAAGCUACGUUUUGGACUAUAAAGAAUGUUAGCAUUUUAGAUCUGAACACUAUGGGAUACUGUCAGGUGUUUGUGAGUCUGUGUUGUGCUGGUGUAUUUCUGCAAAGUCUUUUUAUUUUCUUCAGUUUGUCUGUCACAUUCCAGAUGUUCUACAUUUGUAACCAAUAAGAGAGGUCGGAGGUACUUCUGACUGAAAAAAAUGAAAAGAACAAACAAAGAAACAAGAUGUAGGCAGAUAUUAUGAAUGUUAAGUGUGUUGUCUUACACUUAUGAAUGCUGCUAUGUGUUGUAAUUUUCUACUUGAAUAUUUUAUGUUGUAGAGACCUCAGGAGGUAUGUUUACUGUUAAUGUUUUUUUUCUUUGCUGUUUUUAUUUUUAUGUAUGCCUUUCCCUGCUGUUCAGGCUCCCAUGUUUCAUAAUAAUAAUAAUAUAGCAAUUCACUGUAAUUCAUUCAGCUGCUGGUGAAUAUCCUUUCUAACGGGCAUAUUUUUGUCACUAUGUCUCCUCGUAAAAGAAUGUAAAACUUUUUUUUUUUAAAUUAGAGGAGCUAUCCGAUAAUAGGAUAUUUCAUGUGGGGUUAAAAUGGAAGUAACUGGCCCUUAUGUAUGUGAACAUUUAUUUAUGAAAUAUAAAUGCAGUAUAUACUGUAACGCCUUGAAGUUAAACUUGAGUUUUUUGUGGGGAGCGGGGAUAUAAAUACGGCCACGAGACUUGGAGGUUGCACAGUAAUGGAUCUAAUGGUUUUACUUUUUUAAUAGUUUUAAUUUUUUGUCUUGUUUUCUUUUUGAGAAGUACAAAGUGUAAAAAAAACUAAAUGUUGUGUCCCUACCCCAGACUGCACCAACUGCUGUAUAGUUCUAUGUGUGGAAUUUAAGAUAAUGUAAUAAUGAAGUCAAACUUUGCUCAAAAGCUCCCUUUUCUGGUCCGAGAGCAGUUUAAUUUAUAGUGAUUUUUAUUUUAUAAUCUGAUUUUGAAGAAAGAUUAAAAUAUAGAAAGUAAUCAUUUUUAGGGGCCACCAAAUAUUUUGGAUCAUGCAAAGAAUAUAUAUUGUACUGUAGAAAUUUUGUAAUGAUAUUUGUAUGACAUUGUUAUGGACGUGAGUUUGUUUCACUGCUUGGAUCUGUGCAUUGAUAAGAAUAAACACUUUUCAAAAAUCA